AUGGAGCAGCAGUCCAAGGCUCCCCAGGACGUCCGCAAUGUCGUCAACUUCCUGCGUAGCAGCAGCGCGGGGAUGAAGAUCCGAGUCGGCGUGCUCAACGGGAAACGCGUAGAUUACUUCAAGGGCAAGGGUGCCGUGAAGGCCCUGCUCUCGCCUGCGUACGCGAAGCUCAAGAACGUCCCGAAGGUUGCGGACGAGGCAGAAGCGCAACAGCUGCUGCUCACCAUCAUCCCCUUCGCCUUCUUCCUCCGCGUCGAGCGCGGCGCGCCGUCCGGCACCUCCUCAGGCUCCCCGAAACAGCUCCAGAUCACGCAGAUGCAGACGUUCGUCGCGACGGACUACUACGCGUGGUUCUACGAGGGCUCGCAGUGGACGACAUAUCUCGGCGGCGUGGCCAUGGUCGCGAUCAUGCUUGCGGGCGUGAUGUUCCCGCUCUGGCCGCCCAUCAUGCGCCUCGGGGUGUGGUACCUCUCGAUCGGCGUGCUGGGCCUCAUCGGCCUCUUCUUCGCCCUUGCGGUCGUACGCCUCAUUUUCUACAUCAUCACUGUCAUCGUCGCCUCGCCAGGCAUCUGGGUAUUCCCCAAACUGUUCGCGGAUGUCGGAUUCGUGGAAUCAUUUAUUCCGUUGUGGGAGUGGGACCUGCCGAAGAAGAAGAGCAAGAAGCGGCGCGCGGAGAAGGGCAAGGACGCGAGCGGCAGCGUUUCGCCAGUCCCUUCCGCACGUAUAGAGGAGGUCCAGGACUCGGAGAGCUCGCGGCCAGCAAGUCGCACAGCAGCACGCGUCGAGGAGGUGCCGGACGAGGAUUGA